AUGAGCUCACAAGACCUAACAGCAGCGCUCAGCGCAAAGGGGAACCCACAAGCAACGCCGCCAUACCCAGACCAUGAUCAAGGACCGCUUCUAGUGCGUGUAGUAUGGGUGUUGAUUGGGAUAUCGGCGGCGACAGUGCUCGGCAGACUCUGGACGAAAUUGCAGAAGACGCACCGGCUGUAUUGGGAUGACUUCCUAAUGCUCGUGGCUUUGGCGUUUGGUAUCGUGUUCUCCUCCAUGGUGACCGUCGCUGUCUCCAGUGGUCUUGGCAGACACAUGUUGUACCUCAGCGAAGCUGAACACAUGGAGACGUUGCACAUCGGUACUUUGUCUCUGGCAUAUGCUUUCCUGAGUCCAAUGGCUGGGCGCAUGGCCUUCUGUGUGACCUUGCUCUACUUAGCUGGUACCGAUCCGAAAGUGAAGAAGUGGCCUAUAUGGACGAUGCUUACGCUGCAGUUCGUGGUCAACGUGGCGACCAUCAUUGUCUUUUACAGCCAAUGUGGAAGCGACAUCAAUCUUCUCUGGAGCAUGACCGACGAAACCUACACGAAGUGCGGGAACCCCCAGAUACAGACAGACUUUGGCUACUUCCAGGGAGCCUUCAACACCCUCACCGACCUCUUCUUGACUGCGCUGCCUGCGAUACUAAUCGAGCACACGCGGUUAUCAGUGAAAGCGAAGCUUGGACUUGCAUGCCUGCUGUGCUUGAGCAUCUUAGCGAUGAUAGCUUCGAUCGUGAAGACAUACGAGGCGAGGGCUCUCAGUGAGGUGCUGGACUAUACUUGGGACCUGUGCCCAUACGUGAUAUGGCUCAGCAUCGAGCUCAACGUUGUCAUCAUUGUGUCCUCGAUCCCGCUGCUUCGACCACUGUUCCGCCGCACAAUUCAACAACGAGUCGAACGGCAGCAUCAGCAGGGUUGGGCCACGUCCACAUUCGAUUCCGUCUUCUCGAAGAAAGGCCUGUCCCGUGUGGAUAGUCAGGAGUACAUCGUCAGGCAGCAUGGUAGCCACUAUCCGCCAAUACAAAUGCGCGGUAUAGGAAAUAAUGGCAUAACGGUGACGACAGAAGUGUCAGUCACGUUCCAGCCGACCGAUAUGCCCUACGUACACGCAGCGCUGGUCGGGCUGGUGCAGGGUGAGAUUGCCAACCCUAGGCAGGCGCAGAGAUGA